AUGGCCAACGUACCUAAGAGCCGCGACGGCUAUCAGUGGACUCCCGCCACAGGCUUGGUGCAAGGUGUCCCCACCCUCGGCCUUGUUCAGCCGUCGAAGAAGGGACUCAAGAACAGCAAACGAUACGAUGUGGUCGUAGUCGGUGCUGGCUAUGCUGGCCUGACCACGUGCCGUGACUUGACAGUCGCCGGCAACAGUGUACUACUAAUCGAGGCUCGAGAUCGAAUCGGCGGCCGUUCCUGGUCAUCCAAUAUUGAUGGCUACCCUUACGAGCUGGGUGGAACUUGGGUACACUGGCACCAGCCCUUCGUUUGGCGUGAACUUCGCCGGUAUGGAAUGAUUGAUCAAUUGGAGGUAUCGCCACGACCAGGCAUGGAGGGUGGCUCCAGAGUCACAGUCAAUUUGGAUGGCAAAGUGGUAUCAUUAUCACACGAUGAAGAGAGUGAAAUCGUCGAGUCCGCCUUCAAAAAAUUCAUCAACGUGGACGGCGUUCUGGGUCGUAGCGUCAUUCCCUACCCCCACGACAUCGAGCUCAACAUGGCUGGAGUGAAGAAAUACGACCAAUUGUCCAUGGCCGACCGUAUGGCUCAGGUAGAAUCACAGUUGACGCCUUUGGAGAAGAACACGUUUGGAGGAUUUCUUGCUAUCACCCAUGGGGCCAAGUGGGAAGAGGCCUCAUUUUUCGAGCUCUUGCGCUGGUGGGCGUUGAUGAACUACAACUAUACCGACUUCAUGGCCAUUGGACUCACCUACAAACUUCGUGACGGCCAGUCUGCUCUAGCACGGCGCAUUUUCGAUGAGGCCAUCGACACGGGACGAUUAGAUUAUUCGUUUUCAACUCCGGUCAAAAGUGUUCAUGACAACGGCAGUCAUAUCGUGAUCACCGCUCGGAAUGGCGACGCUACGUUCGAGGCGAGGCGAGCGGUAUGCACUGUCCCACUGAACGUGCUGCACACUAUUGCAUUCACUCCGGCUCUCCCUUCUCUCAAACGCGAGGCCUCAAUGAUGGGGCACGCCAACCAGGUUGUCAAGUGUCACGCCGAGGUGGCCAAUCCCGAAAUGCGCUCACUUGGUGCCACGAAUUUCCCUCGAGGCAAACUCACCUACACGUUCGGGGAUGGAACUACCCCCGCGGGUCACACUCAUCUUGUGGCAUUCGGUAGCUCACUCCCAGAAGCUCACUUGGAUCCGGAGAAAGAUAUCAGUGUUACCAAACAAGCAUUCGAAGCGUUUCACCCAGACAUGAAAGUGCAGAGGCUGGUCUUUCAUAACUGGCAUCAGGAUGAAUUUGCCCGCGGUGCAUGGGAGUGGCUAAGGCCUGGAAUGACGACGAAAUAUCUGGAAGCGCUACGAAAGCGGCAUGGUAAUGUGUUCUUCGCUAGCUCGGACUCUUCCUUUGGUUGGAGGGGCUUCAUUGAUGGUGCGAUCGACGAUGGAGGCAGAGUGGCGAAAAUGGUCCAUGACGAGUUGAAAAUGAGGGAUCUUCCGAGGAGUCGCCUCUGA